AUUUAGUGGAUGCCUCUCUUAAAGGCAGCCCCAUCAAUGUUAGAAAGCUCCAUAAGAGAGCUUUCCUUGCCAGGGAUCUAUCCUCUUCAUCAUCUGAGGAGGAUUUGGUCCCAGUUUUAAAUAAAAAGCAUAAAGGAAGACGGCUGGUCUCUUCCGCCAGUUCCUCGUCUGAGGAAAACUUCUCCGCUCCUCCUUCCCCUCAUACUCGUUUGAGUAAGCGAAAAUUUAAGGGGACAGGACCUCAAAAAAGGAAUAGCGUGUUUCCCUCGUUUGAGCACCAGAAACACCUCCCAGAGGAAAAGGGCAAAUCUCGUUGGAGGUUAGAUAGUCCCUCUCCUUCCUCUUCUAGAGCGUUCGCUCACUCUUCUUCCCAAAGCCGUCCCAGUUCCAGAUACGGCUCUCCAGAAAUAGACUGGGAAUCCGAGGAAGUGGUUCGUUCAGCAGCUUCCACUGAGCGAGGGAAGCUAAGCAAUGUUCAGAUGGCCAGAGUAAGUCUCCUAGGAAAGACUCUCCCAUCAAAAUUAUUUCACUCCAGAUGGGCUAUGGAGCACGAUUCCGAGGUUAGAGAUUUUGCUAAACUAGCCUUCAGAUCCCCCUUGGUUAAGGAAGAUGACCUUCUCCUCAGGAACCACAUCGGUAUCCCGGACAUUCAGGCUCUAAUGGCCCCAGAGGUAGACCCUUCGCUGUUAUCCAUCACAGGGAGCAGCGUAUCCUCUGAUCCCACAGACCAGACUUUUCGCAAUAUACAGUUUAAAAUUGCUGAUGCUGUGGGACCACUAUUACUGAUGCUGGAUAAAGCAGAAAAAGAAGGCAAUGCUCAGAAACCUUCCACUUCAUCCCUGUUAGCAUCUAAGAUGGCCCUUUUAAAAGCGUCUGGCAGGGCAGUGCUAAUUAUUGGCCAAUCCUUUAAUUACAUUUCAAACAUCCGCAGAUCCCGCUGGCUCCAUGCAGCUGGUCUGUCCGACCUAGCCCCCAAAUCGCAUAAGUUCCCAAAUUUGGAGGAUUCUUACCUAUUCGGUCCCUCGUUCAUUCAGGAGGUUAAAGGCCGUUACAAGGCAAGGAGAUCCUUUUCAGAACUCAAGAAGUCCGUCCCUGGCUACAAGAAGCCCAUUCGGACGGAGGGUCGCCCCUAUAGGGCUGCAGGAGCGUCCCGAGAAGCCUCUCACCAGGCCCAGUACCGCCACUACAGUGGAAGACAUAAGCUCCCAGGCGGCGGCAGAGGAGCGCAUUCCAGAGGCGGUUCAGCUUCCAAAAGGAAACCCAUGCAUUCAA